AUGGUGGAACCUAUGGGGGACCUUGUGGUGGAGCCAAUGGUUGAGCCUGUGGCUGAACCUGUGGUGGAGGUUGUGGGUGAACCUGUGGUGAAGCUUGUGGUUGAACCUGUGGUGGAGCCUGUGGUUGAACCUGUGGUGGAGCCUGUGGUGGAGCCUUUGGUUGAACCUGUGGUGGAGUCUGUGAUUGAACCUUUGGUGCAGCCCAAGGUGGAACCUAUGGGGGACCUUGUGGUGGAGCCGAUGGUUGAGCCUGUGGCUGAACCUGUGGUGGAGCUUGUGGGUGAACCUGUGGUGAAGCUUGUGGUUGAACCUGUGGUGGAGCUUGUGGUUGAACCUGUGGUAGAGCCUGCCAUUGAACCUCUGGUGAAGCCUAUGGUGGAACCUGUGGUGGAGCCUGUGGUUGAACCUGUGGUGAAGCUUGUGGCUGAACCUGUGGUGGAGCCUGUGGUUGAACCUAUGGUGGAGCUUGUGGUCCAUCCUGUGGUUGAGCCUGUGGUUGAACUUCUGAUGGAGCUUGUGGUUGAAGCUGUGGAGCCUGUGAUUGAACCUGUUGUGGAGUCUGUGGUUGAAUCUAUGGUGGAGGCUGUGGUUGAACCUGUGAUGGAGCCUGUCGUUGAACCUGCAGUGGAGUCUUUGGUUGAACCUGUGAUGGAGCCUGUGGUGGAGCUUGUGGUUCAACCUGUGGUUGAGUCUUUGGUUGAACCUGUUGGGGAGCCUGUGGUUGAACCAGUAGGGCAGACUGUGGUUGAACCUGUGGUGGAGCUUGAGGUUCAACCUGUGGUAGAGUCUUUGGUGGAAUCUGUGAUGGAUUCUGUGGUUGAGAGUGUGUUUAAACCUGUCGUUGAACCUUUGGUGGAGCCUGUAGUUGAAACUGUGCUGCAACUUGUGAUUGAACCUGUGGUUGAACCUGUGGUGGAGUCUGUGACUGAACCUUUACUGCAGCCCAUGGUGGAACCUAUGGGGAACCUUGUGGUGGAGCCAAUGGUUGAGCCUGUGGCUGAACCUGUGGUGGAGCUUGUGGGUGAACCUGUGGUGAAGCUUGUGGUUGAACCUGUGGUGGAGCCUGUGGUUGAACCUGUGGUGGAGCCUUUGGUUGAACCUGUGGUGGAGUCUGUGAUUGAACCUUUGGUGCAGCCCAUGGUGGAACCUAUGGGGGACCUUGUGGUGGAGCCGAUGGUUGAGCCUGUGGUGGAGCUUGUGGGUGAACCUGUGGUGAAGCUUGUGGUUGAACCUGUGGUGGAGCUUGUGGUUGAACCUGUGGUAGAGCCUGCCAUUGAACCUGUGGUGAAGCCCAUGGUGGAACCUGUGGUUGAACCUGUGGUGAAGCUUGUGGCUGAACCUGUGGUGGAGCCUGUGGUUGAACCUAUGGUGGAGCUUGUGGUCCAUCCUGUGGUUGAGCCUGUGGUUGAACUUCUGAUGGAGCUUGUUGUUGAAGCUGUGGUGCCUGUGAUUGAACCUGUUGUGGAGUCUGUGGUUGAAUCUAUGGUGGAGGCUGUGGUUGAACCUGUGAUGGAGCCUGUCGUUGAACCUGCAGUGGAGUCUUUGGUUGAACCUGUGAUGGAGCCUGGGGUUGUACCUGUGGUGGAGCUUGUGGUUCAACCUGUGGUUGAGUCUUUGGUUGAACCUGUUGGGGAGCCUGUGGUUGAACCUGUGGUUGAACCAGUGGGGCAGACUGUGGUUGAACCUGUGGUGGAGCUUGAGGUUCAACCUGUGGUAGAGUCUUUGGUGGAAUCUGUGAUGGAUUCUGUGGUUGAGAGAGUGUUUAAACCUGUUGUUGAACCUUUGGUGGAGCCUGUAGUUGAAACUGUGCUGCAACUUGUGAUUGAACCUGUGGUGGAGCCUGUGGUUGAACCUGUGGUGGAGUCUAUGACUGAACCUUUGCUGCAGCCCAUGGUGGAACCUAUGGGGAACCUUGUGGUGGAGCCAAUGGUUGAGCCUGUGGCUGAACCUGUGGUGGAGCUUGUGGCCUUUGGUUGA